AGUUUGACAUUUGUGUCACAUCAACCGUGGACAACUUUGCAGCACAAUACAAUAAACAAUUUUGUUUCUUUAUUUUUAAGAAUUAUCAGCAAACAGAAUUGAAGUGAUAUAUUUAAACAUGAAAAAUUAAGACGUAGUACUAAAAAUAUACAUUUCUUCUGUACAGUUUAUAAUUUUGUUUACUUGAGAUGUCUAACGAAAAACAACCAACCACUCCUGAUAACUCUGGGGAAGUAGAUGGUGAAGAAUGGAUUGGUCCAAUGCCAUCAGAAGCUGCUCAACCAAAACCGAAGAAACGAAAAGUUCUAGAAUUUGAAUCUCUGUAUCUGGAAAAUCUACCUUCAUCAGAAACGUAUGAAAAAAGCUACAUGCAUAGGGAUGUUGUCACACAUGUUGUGGUGACCAAAACAGAUUUUGUUGUAACUGCCAGUCAAGAUGGCCAUCUCAAAUUUUGGAAGAAACAGGAGGAAGGUAUAGAAUUUGUGAAACACUUCCGUUGUCACCUGGCACCUAUCAGCCAUGUUGCUGUAAACAGUACUGGCACAUUGCUCUGCACCACAUCCACGGAGAAGACUGUCAAAGUUUUUGAUGUUGUAAACUUUGAUAUGAUUAACAUGAUAUCGAUAGAAUUUGAGCCGUACUGCGCGGAAUGGGUGCACUCAGCAGGUGAUCCUAUUUCUGCAUUAGCUAUAUCGGAGAAAUCAACAAAUAAAAUCUAUGUAUUUGACGGCACACAAAGUUCGGGCACACCGUUACACACAUUUGAAACACUACAUCAAAGUGUGGUGGUCACCAUAGUAUACAAUCCAGUAUACGAAGUAGCAGUCUCUGUUGACAAGGCGGGAAUCAUAGAAUACUGGACUGGACCGAAACAUGAGUUUCAAUAUCCGAAGAAUAUAAAAUUCCAAUCGAAACUGGAAACGGAUCUGUUUGAUUUCGUGAAGAAUAAAACAUAUCCAACAGCGCUGGCUUUCUCACCGGAUGGUAAAAAGAUGGCGUCUAUAAGUUUGGAUCGGAAGGUCCGUGUAUUCCACUUCCUGACUGGCAAGCUGCACAAGGUGUUGGACGAGAGCCUGCAGCGCUACCAGGAUCUGCAGCAUCAGGCGCACCAGUUACCCAACAUGGAGUUUGGUCGCAGAAUGGCAACAGAACGUGAGCUGGAGAAGUCAGAGUGGGUGAACUUGUGCAACGUGUUGUUUGAUGCAAGCGGACACUUCCUGUGCUACGCGACCAUGCUGGGCGUCAAGCUGGUCAACCUCACCACCAACAGGUGUGUGGCCAUGCUUGCCAAGCCGGAGAACUUGAGACCCCUACAUCUAGCUCUGUUCCAGGGUCGUACGAAUCAAUCAAAAGUAGCAACGACACUAGAGAUGGAAGGUUCCGAGAACCCGAGCCUGCUGAUUGUGAAGACGGACCCCACGCUGUUCUGUACAGCGUACCGCAAGAACAGGUUCUACAUGUUCUCCCGCCGCAGUCCUGACGACGUCAAGAGUCCUGACGCUGACCGCGAUAUCUUCAAUGAGAAGCCUUCCAAAGAAGAUAUUAUUUCUGCUACUGAGGGACAAGGCGUGCAGCGUAUCUACGAGCAGGCGAUCCUGCAUACAUCUCUGGGUGACAUCCACGUGAGGCUGUUCGGUGAGGUGGCGCGCGCUGCGGAGAACUUCUGCGGCCUUGCACGAAGCGGAUACUACAACGGCCACCUUUUCCAUAGAGUCAUACGAGGAUUUAUGGUGCAGACUGGAGACCCCACCGGCACGGGCACGGGAGGAGAGAGCAUCUGGGGCGGUGAGUUCGCGGAUGAAUUCAAGCCGCAUCUGAAACACGACCGGCCGUACACAGUGAGCAUGGCUAACGCGGGACCCAACACCAACGGCAGCCAGUUCUUCAUCACCCUCGCGCCCACGCCGUGGUUAGACAACAAACACACGAUAUUCGGGCGCGUGGUGCGCGGCAUGGAGGUGGUGCAGAACAUCGGCAAUCUCAAGACCAACCCCAAGACGGACAAACCCUACGAUGACGUAAGGAUCGUCUCCGUCACCGUCAAGUAAACACGAAUAGUUGACAAAUAAUUGUACAUAUACCAUUAAAUUUAUGACUACAA